GCGUUGGUCUGCCGGUUGCCAUGCGAGUCUCCAGUAGCUCGCUUAAGGCUUCGUUCGACUCUCGCUGCUAUCAUGGACUCUGCCACGCUCCCUGAAUGGGUAGACGACAUUUCUAGAUUGUAGGCAAAUGAUGCCCACUCAUCGUCGUCUGCUUAAGCGCUUCAUGCCGCCCAACUUUUCCAUUUCUUUUUCGUAAUCGUCCGGACCCCCGUUCUCGGUCGGAUCCCUACCAAGAUGCGCUAUUCAAAGAGGCAUAAACUAGAACAGGUUUCGAGAACGUCGAGAAGAAGAGUUAGGAAGCACUAAUUAUUAUCUACUUGAAGCUUUCUCGUUGCAAUUGCGUCGCACUGGCGUUUGCUCAGUCUGUGUUUUUUUUCGCGGCCACACUUUGUCCAGCAGUGCAGGGGCAAAACGAACUUCCCACCUUCGUGCAUUAGAGCUACUCAGUUGCGUGAUGCCUAGAAGAUCUUACUUCAAGCAGGUUUUCCUCCGGACUAUUUCGAUUUUCCCAGCCAGCUGGUCGUUAAAAGACCGAAACCGGCCUCACGGGUUCCCAUCAGGCCUCUUGUCACUCCGAGACUGUUCCUCUAAGCGAUUCCCUUUUGCGUCUUCUGCAAGCAAAGCUUUGCAAACCGCUCCGCCGCGUUGAUCCUAGUCACCCGCAAAGGAGGUAGAUAUGUCUGAGGGGAAUUUCCACGUUAUUAUUAUUGGCGCUGGCAUCAGUGGGCUGUUAGCAGCGCAGGGUUUGAAGAAGGCACGUCCAUUCCAUCCAUGCCCUUGCUUCUAGAUUGGUAAUCCCUUGUUCAGAAAGGCAUCUCGUUCGCCGUGUAUGAAUCUGAGCCCUCUGCCGACCACUACCGACCGAGAGAAUGGGGCAUGUCGGUCCAAUGGGGCCUACCUAUGUUAGAAGAUGUCCUGCCAAAGGAGCUUUUUGAUACCGUCAGCAAAGCUGCCAAUGACCCGUAUUUCACGCCUCCUGACCCAGGAGUUUUGCCAACUUGGAAUGGGGCCACAGGUGAGCAUAUCAAGGAUGUUCCGCUUCUUCGGAUGUAUCGUGUCUCGAGACGCAGGUUCCGUGCGCAUUGUGCGCAGGGAAUAAAUAUUUCGUAUGGAAAAGUGUUUGAUCAUUACUCCUUUGAUGAUGCAGCUGGUACUGUAACCGCGCAUUUCAAAGAUGGCACUACGGCAACGGGCACUACCUUGAUAGGCACGGACGGAGCUCAGUCACCGGUUCGUAUGAGUAUUUUUGGGCCGGAAAAAGGAAAAGUCACUCCUGUUCCGUAUUGUGGGGUAAAUCUUCAUGUCAAGUAUGGAGACAAGGAGAAGGCGUUGUUCGUUCGGCAAAAGCAUCCCAUUAUGACGCAUGCCAUACAUCCGGACGGUUACUGGCUCUGGAUUUCUAUCCAAGAUGUACCAGAUCCGAACGAUCCGGCGACCUGGACUUUUCAAUUGCAGUGCACCUGGAAAAACAAGGGCAACGAUGAUCCAACCGACUACAAAGCGUUGAUGGAGAAGGCAAAGACUUUUGGCGAGCCGUUCAAGUCUGCUUUCCUAUGGGUCCCAGAGGGUACACCGUUGUAUGCCAACUUCCUGAGCUACUGGAGGCCUCAGCCGUUUGAUACCAAGAAUGGAAGAAUCACAUUGCUGGGUGACGCUGCCCAUCCAAUGACAUUCCAGCGCGGCCAGGGUUUGAAUCACUGUAUAGCAGAUGCUAGGACUUUGUCGAAAGAGUUUGAAGCGGCGAACAAGGGCGAGAAGACGCUGGCUGAAGCGAUUGAAGCGUAUCAAGAGGAGAUGAUUCGCCGUGCGGGCGAAGAGGUCGAGAUUGGAAUUGGCAACACAGAAAUGCUUCACGAUUGGAGCAGGUUCCUCUUAUCUCCACUCAUCGUGAGAGGCGGUGACCCAAACAAGCCAAAGAGUUGAGCUUGCACGCCUGUCUGCGAAGAGAUAACCUAGCCACUGAACUCAUUUCAGUCGUUCGUUCAAAGCAAUGCGCAGCGGCUUUACACACACUUGGUGCACCGAAUACCCUUUUCACUAAGCGAAUGUAAUCUACUGGAUUCAACAAAAAGAACGUCGUCAUCAUAAAGCUUUUGACUUACAUUCGUUAGCACACUUAAUGCAAGUUCACGAGCAAAACUCAACUUUGCCCCUAUUCCAC